AUGUUGCUUCAUAAUCCUUCCUUUUCUCUCUCUUCUUCAUCUACUACUACUACUACUACUACUACUACUACUACUACUACUACUACUACUACUACUACUACUACUACUACUACUACUACUACUACUACUACUACUACUACUACUACUACUACUACUACUACUACUACUACUACUACUACUACUACUACUACUACUACUACUACUACUACUACUACUACUACUACUACUACUACUACUACUACUACUACUACUACUACUACUACUACUACUACUACUACUACUACUACUACUACUACUACUACUACUACUACUACUACUACUACUACUACUACUACUACUACUACUACUACUACUACUACUACUACUACUACUACUACUACUACUACUACUACUACUACUACUACUACUACUACUACUACUACUACUACUACUACUACUACUACUACUACUACUACUACUACUACUACUACUACUACUACUACUACUACUACUACUACUACUACUACUACUACUACUACUACUACUACUACUACUACUACUACUACUACUACUACUACUACUACUACUACUACUACUACUACUACUACUACUACUACUACUACUACUACUACUACUACUACUACUACUACUACUACUACUACUACUACUACUACUACUACUACUACUACUACUACUACUACUACUACUACUACUACUACUACUACUACUACUACUACUACUACUACUACUACUACUACUACUACUACUACUACUACUACUACUACUACUACUACUACUACUACUACUACUACUACUACUACUACUACUACUACUACUACUACUACUACUACUACUACUACUACUACUACUACUACUACUACUACUACUACUACUACUACUACUACUACUACUACUACUACUACUACUACUACUACUACUACUACUACUACUACUACUACUACUACUACUACUACUACUACUACUACUACUACUACUACUACUACUACUACUACUACUACUACUGUAACGACAGAGCACAGACGGGGUACACUUGUUUACUUCGUGAAAUGA